AAACAAAAUAAAUCCAUCCAUUUUUUUUUGGUUCUCUUCUCCUUCAUCAGUUCUAUUGCAUUGGCGACUUAACGCAAUUAGGGUUUCGUUAAUCGCCCUUUUGGCCCCAAAUUUGCCACUUCAAUCUUCAUCACUACGUCUUUUUUUCUCUCUCUCUCAACUCCAUUUCAUGCUGGAACUGAUUAUCAAUCCCUUGUUAAUUAGGGUUUGAAGUUAUAGUUUCAGUUAAUGAAUUCAAUUCGAUUAUUGUGAAAAUCUUGUCAAUAUUGUUCAGGUCACUGUGUAAUUAGGUUGUGAUUCUGAAGCAAUGGCUCAGCCGAGCAACAAUAGUGUUGGAGUCGACAACACGUUUAGACGGAAAUUCGAUCGAGAAGAGUAUUUGGAACGUGCUCGCGAGCGUGAACAAAAGGAGACGGAAGGGCGUAAAUCCAAAUCAAAAGGUCCUCCAGUACAAAGGAAGCCUUUGAAGCACAGGGAUUACGAAGUGAACCUUCAAUCUCGCCUGGGAAAGACACAGGUUGUUACGCCAAUAGCACCCCUAAGUCAGCAGGCUGGAUAUUUCUGCUCAGUUUGUGAAUGUGUUGUAAAGGAUUCUGCAAACUACUUGGACCAUAUCAAUGGAAAGAAACAUCAAAGAGCUUUGGGUAUGUCUAUGCGGGUGGAACGUUCGUCUCUUCAGCAGGUCCAGGAACGAUUUGAACAUCUCAAGAAACGGAAAGAUACCGGCAGUUUUACUGAGCAAGAUUUUGAUGAACGGAUCCUAAAACAGCAGCAAGAAGAGGAGGAAAGGAAGCGCCAACGUCGAGAAAAAAAGAAAGAAAAGAAGCGAGAGCAGACUGCAGAGGAGGAAACUAUAGACGACCCCGAUGUUGCAGCUCUGAUGGGGUUUGGGGGAUUUCGGUCGUCUAAAAAGUGAUUGUGCUCGACUCGUUGUUGUAUGAGAAGCGUUUGAUUUGCCCAACCGCCCUUCAGAGCCUCUAGAAGGUAAUGUUCUGCAAGAGGCACAUUAGUUUAAACCUCACUGCCUAUUAAAAAUAGUAACUCACAAAUUUUGAUUGUGUUCCUAUUUAAUUGUACAGAUCAAUCUCCACAUUCUAUCUUCAGUUCUUGUACAUUUGUUGUUACUGGAAAUGUUACUGAAAUAAAUAGUGUUCUUAUUCUCUA